GAGGGAAGAGCAUUAUGAAAAAGAAAAAAAGUGAGAGAGAAAGCUACAGUAUAAAGCAAGAGAUAAAGCAAGCACUCUGGAGGAGUGGUCUUCAAUCUCCUCUAAAGGAUUUAGAGUUAUAUUUCUCCAUCACACUCGAAACACACACACACACACACACCUGCUGUGGAUAUGCCGUUCACUGUUGUGCUGGAUGGACCCGCGCCGUGGGGCUUUCGACUUAUUGGAGGACGGGACUUCAGCCAACCCCUUACCAUCGCCAAAAUAUCACCAGGAAGUAAAGCUGCCAGAGUCAACCUCUCUCCUGGAGACAUCAUCUUUGCGAUAGAUGGAGUUUCUGCAGAAAACAUGAUGCACUCAGAGGCCCAGACUCUAAUCAGGGAUGCCACCCAUCAGCUCAGACUUACUGUUGAGAGACCAGAGACUAAGUUGUGGUCACCAAAUGUCACUGUGCACAACAAAAGCCAUCCAUUUAAAAUGAACCUAGAGGCAGAGCGACAAGAGUACACACCAAUAGGAACAGGCCAUAAUCGAAGGGCUUCACCCUUUGUGGCCGCCGCUAACAUCGAUGAAACACGUCAGGUGGUGAGCCCAACCUACAACUCCCCUAUCGGCCUUUACUCUUCAGGCAAUAUUUCAGACGCCUUACAAGGACAGCUGAAGGGCCUCAUCCCUAACAAACCAGAAAGUCCCAGGAAGCUUAGCAACAUAGAGGAGUCAGAUGUAUAUCAAAUGCUGCAGAGAAAUGAGGAUGAAGACGAGCCCCAUGAACCAAGACAGUCGGGAUCCUUUAAAGCCCUACAGAGCUUUAUCAACAGUGAGGGUACACAUCCAUUAGUGACGAGGAAAGUCUAUGCACCCACGACCAAGCCAUCUGCUCCGGCGGGGAACUUGCACAAGCUACCGAUGUGUGAUAAGUGUGGUAACGGCAUAGUUGGGACGGUUGUGAAGGUUCAGGAUAAGUUUCGGCAUCCAGACUGUUUUGUGUGCACCGAAUGUGAGGAAAAUCUAAAGCAGAAAGGAUACUACUUCAUAGAUGAUGAGCUAUACUGUGAAACCCAUGCUCAUGCCCGGGCAAAACCUCCUGAAAGUCCCGACCUUUGACCUUCUCGUUGUUCUUUUGAAUGCAUGAGGGCACCAAGGGAAGCUCAACUACUCAGUGCACAUCUUGUUAUAAGCACAGACACAAAGGUUUUACCACAAUUCAUGCACAAACAUGUCAGCCAAAUACUGAGAGAUACAUCUAUGGAUAGUGUAUUGUCAUGUGCGCUGUUUUGCACUUACUUUGUAGGAAUAGGGUGUGUUGACUGAAAUAAGUUUGUAUGAAUAAAGAUUUUGUUUUUGGAUAAUCAUAA